CGGGCAGCCUGAGAGUGGGGAGCACCGGAGCCCACAACCCCCUAGCCGGAGCUCAAGGCUGGGUGGGGAGGUUCCCGCCGCUGCUUGCUGUCAGUGCCGCUCCCCUCCCACCCCCACUGCACUUCCUCCCGCAGCCUCCGCCUCUCGAGCAGAGGUUGGGGAUUCCAGCGGCCCGCAGCCGGCCUCUGCCACGCCUUGGCCUCAGCCUGCGGGGAUGACCUCACCCUCCAGCCCUCCAGCUUUCAGGCUGGAGACCUCAGAUGGAGACCAAGAAGAUGCUGCUGAGGUGGUCAAAGGAAAGCAUGGGCCACCCCCCAUGGAGUCACCAUUCCAGGGCGAGGACCGGAACUUCUCCCCUCAGAUCAAAGUCAAUCUCAACUAUCGAAAGGGAGCAGGUGCCAGCCAGCAGGACCCAAACCGUUUUGACCGUGACCGGCUGUUCCGUGUAGUCUCCAGGGGUAUCCCUGAGGAUCUGGCUGGAUUACCAGAGUACCUGCGCCGGACCAGCAAGUACCUCACUGACUCGGAGUAUACAGAGGGCUCCACAGGAAAGACAUGCCUGAUGAAAGCGGUGCUGCAUCUUCAGGAUGGUCUCAAUGCCUGCAUCCUGCCACUGCUGCAAAUCGACCGGGACUCUGGCAAUCCCCAGCCCCUGGUCAGCGCCCAAUGCACGGAUGACUACUACCGAGGCCACAGUGCUCUGCACAUCGCCAUUGAGAAGAGGAGCCUGCCGUGCGUGAAGCUUCUGGUAGAGAAUGGGGCCAAUGUGCAUGCCCGUGCCUGUGGCCACUUCUUCCAAAAGCACCAAGGAACUUGCUUCUAUUUUGGAGAGCUGCCCCUCUCUCUGGCUGCAUGCACCAAGCAGUGGGAUGUGGUGACCUACCUCCUGGAGAACCCGCACCAGCCUGCCAGCCUGCAGGCCACCGACUCCCUUGGCAACACAGUCCUGCAUGCUCUGGUAAUGAUCGCUGACAACUCGCCUGAGAACAGCAUGCUGGUCAUCCGCAUGUAUGAUGGGCUCCUCCAAGCGGGGGCCCGCCUCUGCCCCACUGUGCAGCUCGAGGACAUCCGCAACCUGCAGGGCCUCACGCCCCUGAAGCUGGCUGCCAAGGAGGGCAAAAUUGAGAUUUUCAAGCACAUCCUGCAGCGGGAGUUCUCAGGACCGUGUCAGUCCCUCUCCCGAAAGUUCACUGAGUGGUGCUACGGGCCUGUCCGGGUGUCACUGUACGACUUGGCCUCUGUGGACAGCUGGGAAGAGAACUCAGUCCUGGAGAUCAUCGCUUUCCAUUCACCUGUCCUGAAAUGGAGGCCGAGGUCUUUGGUCAUCCUGCAGGCAGGAGGCUGGAGUGAAGGCAGGUGGGGAGGAGCCCUUUGGGGAUUCUGGGGGUAUUGGGAGCCUGUUCCCCAUCCUUUCCUCUCCAUUUCCCUUGGCCCUUGCCUGGAGCCUGGCAUGAAGUGGGCUCCCUUCUCUAUGUGCUAUUUCUCUAUACCCUAUAUCUAUACCUUGACUCUCCCCUUCCCACCCCAGCACCGACACCGCAUGGUGGUUUUGGAGCCUCUGAACAAACUGCUUCAGGCAAAAUGGGAUCUGCUCAUCCCCAAGUUCUUCUUCAACUUCCUGUGCUAUCUGAUCUACAUGUUCAUUUUCACCGCCGUUGCCUACCACCAGCCGGCCCUGGAGAAGCAGGCCUUCCCUCCGCUGAAAGCAACGGCCGGAAACUCCAUGCUGUUGCUUGGCCACAGUCUGACCCUGCUGGGGGGGAUCUACCUCCUCUUGGGCCAGCUGUGGUACUUCUGGCGGCGCCGCCUGUUCAUCUGGAUCUCGUUCAUGGACAGCUACUUUGAAAUCCUCUUCCUGGUCCAGGCCCUGCUCACGGUGCUGUCCCAGGUUCUGUGUUUCAUGACCAUUGAGUGGUACCUGCCCCUGCUCGUGUCCUCCCUGGUGUUGGGUUGGCUGAACCUGCUUUACUAUACACGUGGCUUCCAGCACACAGGCAUCUACAGCGUCAUGAUCCAGAAGGUUAUCCUACGGGACCUGCUCCGCUUCCUGCUGGUCUACUUAGUUUUCCUUUUCGGCUUCGCUGUAGCCCUGGUGAGCCUGAGCCGGGAGGCUCGUAGUUCUGGAGUCUCUGCAGACCACAAUGCCACAGAGACAGCAGAGCCCAGGAUGGGACAAGAAGAGGAAGCAGCCCCGUACAGGAGCAUCCUGGAUGCCUCUCUGGAGCUCUUCAAGUUCACCAUUGGCAUGGGCGAGCUGGCCUUCCAGGAGCAGCUGCGCUUCCGGGGGGUGGUGCUGCUGCUGCUGCUGGCCUACGUGCUGCUCACCUACGUCCUGCUUCUUAACAUGCUUAUCGCCCUCAUGAGCGAGACUGUCAACAGCGUUGCCACUGACAGCUGGAGCAUCUGGAAGCUGCAGAAAGCCAUCUCUGUCUUGGAGAUGGAGAAUGGCUACUGGUGGUGCAGGAGGAAGAAGCAGCGGGCAGGUGUGAUGCUGACGGUCGGUACCAGGCCUGAUGGUAGCCCUGAUGAGCGCUGGUGCUUCAGGGUGGAGGAGGUCAACUGGGCUGCAUGGGAGCAGACCCUGCCCACGGUGUGUGAAGAGCCAUCAGGGGCAGGUGCUCCUGGCUCUAUGAAGAACCCCAUCUUAGCCUCCCAACCUGAGAAGGAUGGGUCCUCAGAGGAAGAUCAUCUGCCUCUCCAGGUGCUCCAGUCCCACUGAUGGCCCAAGCACAGCAGGAAGCUGGCAGGAUAGCCUGGGGAAUCUUUCUAGCCACACCUGCUAGCUCUGGGAUUCUUGAAUUUUGGUGGCAAAUAUAAAUAUUUUUU